AUGGAUUGUGAACCUGAAAUAACUUAUAUCUCUUAAACCAAUCAAUUUAUUAUUGUUUGUAAUACAGAUUAGAUUUUACUUUAUGACAAAUAAACUAAUGCUAAACUAAAAUAUUAGUAACCAUAUUUAAUGGUUUAAUAAUUUGCUUUUGAUGAGGAUACUUCUAAAAUUGCAGUAGAUUACGAGGAUAAUUCAAUUUUGAUUUUUCAAAUUCAUAAUAAUAAUCAAAUUGUAAAAGUAUUUUAAAGUCCUCCUGCUCAUUUUAAUAAAAUAACAGGUUUGAUAUUCUAUGAAUAAGGAAAGAAAUUAAUUACUUGUAGCCAUGAUGAAAUGAUAUUUAUUUGGGAUUUAAAUACUUUUGAAGUGAUUCAUUAAAUUAAUUAGUUGAAAGGAAAAAUUUAGCAUUAGAUAUUAUUUCAUAACUAAAAAUUUCUUACAACCAUAAGUUAGGAGGGAUAUACAUGUAUAUAUAAUUUGCAAAAUAAAAAAACUAUCUAUUUUACUAAUAGAGUCUAAGCAAAGAUUUAAGAGAUAUGUGGAAUUAAAUAAAAUUUAAUGAAAAACGAAAAGUUUCUUGUUUAAAUUGAUGAUAAAAUAAAGAUAAUUAGUUUAAAUAGAUAAAAAAUUUUAAGAGUACUUUAAUUUGAGGGAGAAUUCAUAGAUGCUUAGUUUUGCUUAAAUGAUAGAGCUAUACUGUUAAUUAAUUAUAUCGAUUUGAAGCUGGUUGAUUUUCAAUCUGGUAUUAUCUUAAAAACCAUCCCUUACCUUGGAAAUUGCUAUUAUUUGGAUAAAGAUAAUGAUAUACUUAUUUAUGGUGAUAUUUAAGGAAAUCAUUAUAAAAAACUGAGCUUAAGUAUUUGA